UUUCAUCCUUCUUGCUCUUUGCUGCUCUGCUGUGCUGUGCAAGCACUACGACCUGAUUGGUUGACGGUGGCUGGGUAAAGAACGCUGAGUUGAAUGGGCUUGAGCAAUUGCGCUAGCCUUGAUCACCUUGGAGGCCGCUGCGCCGCCGGCGUACUUGACAGAGAGGAUGAUGAGUGUCGGGCGUAGAGGUAUUCUUCUCGCGAGCUGGCAUUGCCGUCUUUGCCCUAAAGACAGGUGUGGCAAUAGCUCUGCUCUGUGGACCAUAGCACGGCAGCACCACAUUUCUAUGAACCCAGCUGCUUUGGCAAGCUGGUCGAGGCGUGGCAUCCGUUGAAGAGGCUAUGAAAGUCUUCCUCAACGUGCGGUCAUGCUCAGCUGCGCUACAGCCGGAAUGUGGUGUUCCCUCGUUCUGUGUUGGAGCAGCGCCGCUGCGCUUUGUUUACACAGCAAUUCGUUGCCACUCACGGUCAGCAACUCCCGCAGCCGCCGAUACGAGAGCGGCUUCGCGGCGCAGCGGCACCUGCGGCUCGUGCAGUGGCACCUCAUCACUCCUUCUGGCCAGCCUUACUUCCAUUCUGCCCGGCGGUCUCAGAGGAUGUGCCCGAUGUGUUGAAAGGUGCUGUCGAUAACGAGAUCCGCAUCUUGAGCCCGACCUUCGACCGUAUCUUGCUCUAUCUCCGCUACGCUCCUUGUACUCUAUCAGCGGCAAGAGCAUCGUCAACAUCUUUCACUCGCUGGUCAUGCUCUUUCUCGAAGUGACAGGUGGUCGCGUGUUGGAGCCAAGCAGGCAAGCGCCGCGGAGGCCAGGUGGGGAGAUUAGGGCGACUUUGGCUGAUGGGCCGUCCGUCGAGCGCUUCAUUA